GCAGGUUUUUUAUUAUUAUUUUAUCUUUUUUUGGGAGGGGGGACGGGGGGGCGUAUGACAAGAAGAUGGGGAUAUGGAGAGGAGGAGGAGGAUGUGGACGAGGAGGACGGCGAGGAUAGCGAGGACGACGAGGAGUCGUCGAGAUGGGGGAGGAGAAGAGAUUGACGGAGGGAAAAGAGGAGGGACAGGAGGAGGAGGACAAGUGGGAGGAGGAGGAGACAUGGACGGCGAGGAAGGGGAGGACACGAGGAAGGGAAGGAGACGAGGAGGCAUGGAAGAUGAGGAAGUACGAGGAGGAGGAGGAGACAAGGAGGAUGAGGAAGGGCAAGAGGAGGAGGACGAACAGGAGACGAAAAGGAGAAGGGAGGAGGGGACAUGGAGGAUGAGGAAGGGGAGGAGGAGCCAAGAUCAGCAGUGCCAUGUCAGCAGUGCCAGGUCACAGUGCCAUGUCAGACUCAGUGCCACGUCAGCAGUGAUGUCAGACACAGUGCCACAUCAGCAGUGCCACGUCAGCAACAUGACGGGCCUGCCAGGGCAACCCAACGAGUCCCUUGCCGCCUACAAGCAGCGGUUCCAGGCUCAGAUUGAGGCUGAGGAACAAUGCCAGCUGGCAGCCGAGGCUGCCCGCGUACAGGCUGAAGAGGCAGCAGCAGCAGAGCAGCUGCGGCUACAGGCCGAUGCAGACGCAGAUGCCCAAGCACGCCACAAGGAAGCCCAGGAUCUGCUGCAGCGGCAUGAAGCCAACAGCAUCGACAGAGUCAAGUUCUGGCAUUUUGAACUGAACGGCGACGAGGCAACACCGGAAGAGAAGCACAAGGAGUUCCUCUCCAAACUCGUGACAAGGUUGUUGUACGCUUGCAACUACCAACGGUCAGAGUUGGAGAGACAGUACCAAGACCUGACGCAACAGCAUCAGGAGUUGGCAAAGCUCCGCCGCAUGGUGCAAAGCCACGAGGAUGCAACUCGGGCACUCAAUGCCCGAUUGCUGGACCUGGAACAGGCUCAGCUGCAGACGACGAACGCAGAUGGCAAUCCGAAGAUGUUUAAGAUGCCAACUUUCAAUCUGGAGAGGUUCGACGACUACACGCAGCAGGAUCCAGUCCUCUGGUGGGAAGCAUUCACAACGCAACUCAGGAUUCUGCCCGUAGCCAAGCAUGCGUACAUCGGCACCCUGUUCCUGAACUCAAAGGGCGGAUGCCAGACCUGGUUGAGCCACCUGGCAACCUCCCACGGCGUCGACGUACCAGACUUGAAGGACAAAAUCACAUGGGAGGAACUGACACGGCUGUGGAAUAAGCGGUUCAUCGUCGACGACGCGCCGGCACUCGCCAUCAACCGUCUGUUCACCAUGUCACAGGGCAACACUGCAACACGGGACUGGCUCACGGAGUGGCAGAAGAUUGCGGCAGUGCCCAAUCUGGACCUGCCUUUCACUCAUCUCAGACGUGAGUUCUACAACAGAUCCUGCGCUGCAUUGAGCCAGGCUCUUGGUGAUCGCAAGCAGUACUCCACUUUCGCCGAGAUUAUCGACAAGGCGAGAGAGAUCAUCAAGACCAACAGCCGGAGUCUGGACGAGCAUGUGGAACACCUGCGCACCGUUUUGGAGCGGCUACGACUGGCCAAGUACAAAGCAAACCACGACAAGUGUGAGUUCGCACAACAGGAGCUGGAGUACUUGGGACACUAUGUGACGCCGCAAGGCAUCCGUCCGCUUGAGGACAAGAUCGAGGCCCUACGAGUAUGGCCCGAGCCCACCAACACCACGGACGUUCGUUCAUUCAUGGGGUUGGCGGGCUACUAUCAGCGAUUCAUCACCGGAUACUCCAGGAUUGCUGCACCUAUGACGAGGUUACAGUCGCCAAAGGUGCCAUUCGUAUUCGAUGACGACGCACGCCGGUCAUUCCAAGCACUUAAGACAGCUAUGCUCAUGGCACCCGUCCUUAGCAUCUAUAACCCCACCCUGCCGACGCAAGUGACUACGGACGCUUCCGGCUAUGGCAUUGGGGCAGUCUUGGAACAGCAGGACGGCGACGAGUGGCACCCUGUGGAGUAUUUCAACCACAAAGUGCCUCCCAUCAACUCGCUUGAUGAUGCAAGGAAGAAGGAGCUGCUCGCAUUCAUGAUGGCUCUCAAGCGCUGGCGGCACUUCCUCCUUGGGCGUCGUAGGUUCACAUGGGUCACAGACAACAAUCCAUUUACCUACUACAAGACGCAGGACACGGUGAGCAGCACGAUCGGACGAUGGAUGUACUUCAUCGACCAAUUUGACUUCACACCGAAACAUGUCCCCGGCCUCUCCAAUCGCGCAGCAGAUGCACUCUCGCGAAGACCUGAUCUUUGCGAUAUGACACAUCAUGCCUUCGCAUUCGACGAGGAGCUUCAGCGACACUUCAUCCGGGCAUAUCAGUCUGAUCCGGACUUCGGCACGCUCUAUGCACARCUAUCUUCGGAUCACCCGCCGGCCAGCCAUUACCGCAUUGCCGACGGGUACCUGCUCCUCCACUCGAGAGGCAAGGACUUACUAUGCGUCCCACGCGACCGUCGUCUUCGGACUCGCCUCCUCGGUGAGUAUCAUGAUUCGCGACUCGCCGACCAUUUCGGAGUCAACCGCACUAUUGCACGGCUUCGACAGCGAUUCCGAUGGCCUGACCUCAUUACCGAUGCCACUCGGUAUUGCGACUCAUGCGAAGUUUGCCGACGCAGCAAACCCCACAACCGCAAUCCCUAUGGUGAGUUACACCCGAUGCCUAUCCCACGGGAACCCGGUCUCUCCAUUGCCCUGGACGUCACCGGUCCGUUUCCUCGCGACCGGCUCGAGCACGACGGCAUCCUCACGGUUGUGGACCGAUUGAGUAAGUACGCGUGCUUUCUCCCUUGCAAGUACUACUCCACGACUCCCGAGUUGGCACGCCUCUUGCACACUGGUUGGAUUUGUGGCCACGGUGUACCAGAAGACAUUGUCAGCGACUGCGACACUUGUUUCAUGUCGGCGUUUUGGACUGCUCUCAUGCAGGAGUCCGGCACAACAAUGAAACCAAGUUCGGCUCGGCAUCCUCAGACAGACGGGCAGACGGAGCGGGCACAUCAAACCGCUCAAAUGAUGCUUCGUACGCUCAUCCGUCCGGACCAGAAAGAUUGGGUUGACCCCCUCCCCGACAUCGAGUUCGCCCACAACACUUCGGUGCACCCGGCGAUCGGCGUGACUCCAUUCGAGUUGCACCACGGUGGACGGAAAGGCCGUAUCUUUGCCGACCUUCUCCUCCCUCGACCAGCCGACAUUGACGCUGCCUGCUCUCCCGCUUCCGUUUGGAAGUACAGGGAAUUGUUGGCUCAAGCCCGCGCAAAUAUGCAAAAGGCUCAAGUCUGCAUGCAGCAGCAAGCCAACAGGCGUCGCGUACCAUGUCCCAUCCGCGCCGGUGAUCUGGUUUGGGUCUCCGCGGAAGAGUUUGCACUGGAACAGGAUGUUUCACGCAAACUGCUUCCCAAGUGGUUUGGACCUUGGUCUGUGACAGCAGCCGCGGGCGAUGAGCCCGAUGGCCCUUCAUUUGUCAUCAACAUUCCAGAGCAUCUGACGGUCCAUCUGGUCUUCCACGCCUCGAAGCUGGCAACAUACACGCCAACCAAGAGCGACGACUUUCCGGGCCGACGAUCGCAGGACCCUCCUUCUAUGGAUGGUCAUCAGGAAGUUGACCGCGUCAUCUCCGAUCGCAAGUACGGCAGCAAGCCGCGGCAGUACAAAGUCACAUUCAAAGCAUGCGAUCGCGACGACACUCGGUGGAUUUCAUGCGCAGAUUUGAAAGCAUCCGCACCGCUGAUCUAUGCGCAUUAUGAAAAGCGGAGGUUAACUCAGGAAGCUUCACGACCAGCCCCUCCCACCCGGACUGUGGUCCCUCCCUCAGACAGACAGCUUCGCCCUCGCAGGUAAGCUCGAUUCUUAAGGAGGGGGGUGUGUGGCAUACUGCGUAGCCACACGGGCCCUGCAGGGCCCGUCCCGGACAUUCAGCCUAAAAGCCUAAAACUAAG